AUGGCUGGCGCUCCCAACAAGCUUGGCGUUCUUGUGUCAUGCAUAUGGAUUUUCUUAAUGCUUCUCGAACCCAGCCUUCAGAAUGGGGCUGUAGCAGGGCACCGAGAGCCUCUUCCUGAUGACAGCAAAGACAACAUCACCAUUUUUACUCGAAUUCUGGACCGCUUGCUGGAUGGCUAUGACAACAGGCUGCGCCCUGGUCUGGGAGAGAGUGUGACUGAAGUUCGGACCAACAUCUACGUUACCAGUUUUGGACCGGUAUCAGAUACAGACAUGGAGUACACAAUUGAUGUAUUCUUUCGUCAGAGCUGGAGGGAUGAGAGGCUGAAGUUUGAUGGACCCAUGCAGGUUCUCCCACUCAACAACCUUCUAGCCAGCAAGAUCUGGACUCCGGAUACCUUCUUCCACAACGGGAAAAAAUCUGUGGCCCACAACAUGACGACUCCUAAUAAACUCCUGCGGCUGGUGGACAACGGGACCCUGCUGUACACUAUGAGAUUAACUAUUCACGCUGAGUGCCCCAUGCAUCUGGAAGAUUUUCCCAUGGAUGCUCACGCUUGCCCACUCAAGUUUGGAAGCUAUGCUUACACCAACAAUGAGGUGGUCUACAUCUGGACAGCGGAUGACGAUAAGUCCGUUUCCGUGGCUCCAGACGGCUCCCGUCUCAACCAGUAUGACCUGCUGGGACACGUCAUAGGCAAGGAGACCAUCAGCUCUAGCACAGGAGAAUAUGUGGUGAUGACAACUUAUUUUCAUCUGAAAAGGAAAAUCGGAUAUUUUGUCAUUCAGACGUAUUUACCCUGCAUCAUGACAGUCAUCCUUUCCCAGGUCUCGUUCUGGCUCAACCGGGAGUCGGUGCCGGCGCGUACCGUCUUCGGAGUCACCACUGUUCUGACCAUGACCACGCUAAGCAUCAGCGCCAGAAACUCUCUACCCAAAGUGGCCUAUGCUACAGCUAUGGACUGGUUCAUGGCCGUGUGUUACGCCUUCGUCUUCUCCGCCCUCAUUGAGUUUGCCACCGUCAACUAUUUCACCAAGCGCAGCUGGGCCUGGGAUGGUCAGAAGGAGAGCCAGGAGAUGAGGAGACGCGAGUCUGCGUCAUUCUCCAAAAAGACCAACAACACGUUUAACAUCGUGGGCACUACUUAUCCAAUGGGUGUGGGAAAAGAACCUGGACUCACCACCAUUGCUAAGAGCGCUUCCAGCACGGCUUCAGCUCCAGCCCCAGCCCAGCCGGUCCGAGAGGUUCGGCUCUCCAGAAUGGAUGGCGAGUACAUCUGCGAAGGGGUCAAAAAGUCCUACAACCGAGUCAGCAAAGUGGAUAAGAUCUCGCGCAUCAUCUUUCCUGUGCUCUUCUUCAUCUUCAACCUGGCCUACUGGGCCACUUACGUCAACAGAAAGCCAACCAUCAGGAGGUCCAACCCCCAUAACUGA